GGAGGGGGUCUGCUCCCUGGGCCGGCCCGCACCCCGCAGCGGCUCCACGGGCCGCGGGUGUGAGGGGCGGGUCCAGGCCUCGGCCCGCGCCGCCCCCAUGUGACCCGGUCCGACAUGGUGUCGCCUCCUCCCGGGGCGGCUGCGGCGGCGGCUCCGGCUCGGCUCUGCGUCGGGCCGGGCCCGCGGCCGCUCAUGGGCAGCCAGGGCCACCCGGGGCCGCCCGGGAACUGCGGGCCCGGCGAGGGCGAGGGCGGGGAGGCGAGGAAACUGCAGGAAGGGAGGGUCGCGAGGGGGAAGCGAAGGAAGGGGAAGGGGAAGGGAAAAGCGGGAGCGGGGCAAGGCGGAAGAGGAAGCGGGGCGGAAGGGAAUCCGGGGCCGCAGAAGGCGAAGGAGGCAGCGGGGCUGGGGGCCGAGGCGGGAGCUAGCGCAGGCCCGGGGGAGGAAGGAGAGGGCUGCGGAAGCGUGGAGGAAAGGGAGAGAAGGAUCGUACGCGGAGAUGCGGGGAGCGCAGGGGCGGGGAAGGAGGCCAGAGGAAGAGGUGAUGGCAAGAAGGAGGAAUGGAGGGUCAGGCCUGGGCGGCGGGAGGACACCAGGCCGGGGAGAGCACAGGGACGAGGGGGUCAGGCUUGGGGCUGCAUCGCGGGGGCUGGGGCGGCGGGGGAGGCCAUGGCGGCGGCGACCGAGGAGGAGGCGGCGGCCCGGGAGCCGGCCGGCCGCCCCGCUGCGGGGCCCGCGCUCUUGCGCCUGCCGGAGGAGCUGCUGCUGCUCAUCUGCUCCUACCUGGACAUGCGGGCCCUCGGCCGCCUGGCGCAGGUGUGCCGCUGGCUGCGGCGCUUCACCAGCUGCGACCUGCUCUGGCGCCGGAUAGCCCGGGCCUCGCUCAACUCCGGCUUCACGCGGCUCGGCACCGACCUGAUGGCCAAUGUCCCAGUGAAGGAACGGGUGAAGGUGUCUCAGAACUGGAGGUUGGGGCGCUGCCGAGAGGGGAUUCUGCUGAAGUGGAGAUGCAGUCAGAUGCCCUGGAUGCAGCUAGAGGGUGAUUCUCUGUACAUAUCCCAGGCUAAUUUCAUCCUGGCCUAUCAGUUCCGCCCAGAUGGUGCCAGCUUGAACCGUCGGCCCCUGGGAGUCUUUGCUGGGCAUGAUGAGGACGUUUGCCACUUUGUGCUGGCCAACUCGCAUAUUAUCAGUGCAGGAGGAGAUGGGAAGAUUGGUGUUCAUAAGAUUCAUAGCACCUUCACUGUCAAGUACUCGGCUCAUGAACAGGAGGUGAACUGUGUGGAUUGCAGAGGGGGCAUCAUCGUGAGCGGCUCCAGGGACAGGACGGCCAAGGUAUGGCCUUUGGCAUCAGGCCGGCUGGGGCAGUGCUUACACACCAUCCAGACCGAAGACCGAGUCUGGUCCAUUGCUAUCAGCCCAUUACUCAGCUCUUUUGUGACAGGGACGGCCUGUUGCGGGCACUUCUCACCCCUAAGAAUCUGGGACCUCAACAGAUUAAAGGGGAGAGCUCCUCAGUCAUUCCUGAAGGCCUCACUAAUGGAAGGGGCAGGGCCCCCAAAUCUGGAAGGAAGGAGAACUGUGGAGCAAAACAGCCCCCACCCGCCUCUAGGGAAGAUGGUGGCUCCACUGAGGAGAAGGGAGGUUAAGGGUCAGAGUCUGUGUGAGCCGAGAGGCCUGGAGCUGAAGUCCGCUUUCACACACAUGGCUGACAGCGUCUGCCUCAGCCCUUUGGUGAACACUGCUUGUGAGACCACGAUGUCCUCCUCCCCACCCACCCCCACCCCCCCCCCCCACCAGGGCCUCUUACCUGGGUGUCCCUGGGAAGUGCUCAGGGCCUUGUUUCUCUUGUCAUGCAUGCAAGGGAGCCUAGUAUCUCUUGGGUGAAACUGAGGGAUAGGGCCUGGAGGGUGCCCCUCUUCUUCAUUCCCCUCUGUCGUUCGGCAGAAACUCACUGCUUCUACCGUUCCCUAGCCACAGGGAUUAGCGGGUGCACUUGAUGUUGAGGGGUGGUUGCUAGGGCCAGAAGGCCCCCCUACAUGGUUGCUAGGGGUCUGGCAUCAGGGCGAGGGGUCUGCCCACUGCCGCGGUCACGGAGGGAAUUACACAGUCACAAAGAAAUUGUUCUUCUCGGUAAUCUGCUCUCGGCCACCGGGAGGGGCGAGGGUGGGGGAGCAUGCUGGAGCCCAGCAGGCUGGGGGCUGUGAUCACACAGGCGUGCUAGCCGCGGGCUGGGGGCCAGCCGGGCCAGGAACACCAGGGACCAGCCCGCUAAGCUGCUUUCUCAGCGAUUUCUCUCCCCAGACACAAAGGUGUUUACUUGUUUUAACAUCUCCUGGGACUCCCCUUCUCCCUUUGUGUGGUCUUUAUCCCCAAUGAGGUUUGAGCCCCAGAUUACAGGCGGGAAUUAAGGCAUUGGACUCAGGCAGCUCAGAACCGCCUGACCUGCAGGAUCAAGAAGUAUAAAGUAACCGAGUGUGUGUGUGUGCACGGAAGGGGGGCCGGCCCCUCAGCCAGGCCCAUUCUUCCUCCUGAGGAGCGGCAGCCAGGCAGCGAGCAGGUGUGAUCAGGGGCUGCUGGGCUGAGGCCUUUAGCUGGGGGAGGGGCAGGCACUGGGGCUGGGGUGACAGUGGGCACCCCAGGCAUUUCCUCCCUUGGCCCUUUCCUAAGGGAGCCUGAUUUUAGCUCAGGAGCGAGAGCUGCAUUUCCUCAGGGACUGAUGCCACUGGGUUAAAAGCAGAUGUGGGGGCUAAGGGGAGGGGACGGCCGCUCAUCCUCUACCC